AUGGUGCUCACCCUGCUCGUCUCCGUCCAUCGGCUGUGCCGGCUCUUCGCCAUGUCUGGUGCGGAGAGGUUGGCGGUACCCGAGUGCGUGAGCCAGGCGGGAUGCUGGGCUGCGGGCGGCUCCUGGGAACGCCGCGAGGUUUCCCCCGGGGUGAAUUCAGACAUACGGGCGGCUCUGGAGCGGAUCCUGCCCGCCCUGCAGCGCUCCAUCGCCUGUGCCAAGCAGGCUGCGGGCCCUGCUGAGAUGGGGAAAGCCAUCGCUGAGAUAUUCCAGCUGGUGGAGGAAGCCUGGGGGAUGCCCACGCUGGGCAGGGAUGUGGCCAAAGCACUGUGUGAUGCCAUCCGCCUGGAGGGAGGCCUGGACCUGCUGCUCAACCUGCUCUACACGGCCGAGCUGGAGACCAAGUGCCAGGCAGGGCAGCUGCUGGAGCAGAUCCUGGUGGCAGAGAACAGGGACCGGAUUGCCCGGAUCGGUCUGGGUGUGAUCCUGAACCUAGCCAAGGAGCGAGACGUUCCCCAGCUGGCUCAGAGCGUCUCUGGCAUCCUGGAGCACAUGUUCAAGCACACUGAGGAGACCUGCUCCCAGCUCAUCUCUGACGGGGGCCUGGAUGCCAUCCUCUACUGGUGUCGCUGGACAGACCCCGUGGUGCUGCGGCACUGUGCCAUGGCCUUGGCCAACUGUGCCAUGUAUGGUGGGCAGGGCAACCAGCGCCUGAUGAUCAAGAAGAAAGCGGCCGAGUGGCUUUUCCCAUUGGUGUUCUCAAGAGAUGAUGAAUUCAUCCGCCUGCACGCCUGCCUGGCCAUCGCUGUGCUGGCCACCAACAAGGAAAUCGAGAAGGAGGUGGAACGCUCAGGGACGCUGGCUCUGGUGGAGCCGUUUAUUGCCUCGCUGGAUCCGGAGCAGUUUGCCUGUGAUAUGCUGGGGAGCAGUGACAACAGCCAGGGCAGGACAGCUGAGGACCUGCAGCGCUUGGUCCCCUUGCUAGACAGCUCACGGCUGGAGGCGCAGUGCAUCGCCGCCUUCUACCUGUGCACCGAGGCUGCCAUCAAGGCCAGACAGAAGAAAACAAAGGUUUUCAGUGAGAUUGGGGCCACGCAGAGCCUCAAGAGAGUGGUUUGUUACUCCACCAGCAGCACCACCUCCUCCCUGGCCAAAAAGGUGCUGCGUCUGAUAGGGGAGGAGGUGCCCCGACGCAUCCUGCCCACUGUUCCCAACUGGAAGCCCUGCGAGGUGCAGACGUGGCUGCAGCAGAUUGGAUUCACCAAGUUCUGUCCAAACUUCCUGGAGCACCAGGUGGAUGGGGACAUUCUCCUGAGGCUGACAGAGGAGGAGCUGCAGGAGGAUCUGGGGAUGGGCUCCAGCAUCACCCGAAAGAGGUUUUUCCGGGAGCUGACAGAACUGAAAACUUUCGCCAACUACUCCACCUGCGACCGCAGCAACUUGGCCGACUGGUUGGGUAGCAUUGACCCCCCGUUCCGCCAGUACACCUACAACCUGCUGACCUGCGGCGUCAACCGCAACCUCCUGCACCGCGUGACGGAGCAGCAGCUGCAGGAGGACUGCCACAUCAGCACCGGCUUCCACCGCGUCCGCAUCCUCUCUGCUGCAAGGGGUGCGGGAGCAUCGAGGGUUGGUUGGGGCAAGCGGUUGGUUGGGCACUUUUUUAAUUGUUUUCAUUGCUGUUGGCUCUGCUUAGAAACGCUUCAUUCUCCUGUAACUUUGCAAACGGCAUCCGAUGGGACCGAUGUAUUCAUCAGCUACCGCAGGAGCUCAGGGUCGCAGUUGGCCAGCCUGCUGAAGGUUCACCUGCAGCUGCAUGGCUUCAGUGUGUUCAUCGACGUGGAGAAGUUAGAGGCAGGGAAGUUUGAGGACAAGUUGACCCAGAGCGUCCUGAGCGCCCGCAACUUCGUGCUGGUCCUCUCGCCCCACGCGCUGGAUAAGUGCAUGGCAGACCCUGAUUGCAAGGACUGGGUGCACAAGGAGAUCGUGACAGCCCUGAAUUCUGGAAAGAACAUUGUCCCCGUCACAGAUCAUUUUGAGUGGCCUGAUCCAGAAACACUUCCCAAGGACAUGAGGGCUGUCCUGAAAUUUAACGGCAUCAAGUGGUCCCACGAGUACCAGGAAGCCACCAUCGACAAAAUCAUCCGCUUCCUGCAGGGCCGCUCCUCCCGGGACUCCUCAGCAGGGUCAGACAAUGGCUUGGACUGUUCCCCUCCUAUCAUGCCGACCUAGAGCCAGGACAGAGGCCACAUCCCCUCCAGAGACACGCAGGUGACCCCUUUUGAUAUGGGGCCCAAUUUCUCCCAUAGGUUUUCCCCAUCCCAGUAGCGCUCCUUGCCCUCCCUCCCGCAGGACCUGACCCACCUCCUGGCUCGAGAUGAGGCCGGGGGCAGACCUGGGGUGUAGCAGCCCUGGGGAGGACAGGCUGCCAUCCAAAUCCUCAUCCAGAGUGGUGGCACCUCCUGAGGAUGCAAAGCAGGGGGACUGGUGGGGUACAAUGCAAGAGGACACAGGAGGGAGAGACCAGUGCAGAGAAAACAGCUCAUCAUUGUGCUCAUAAGGUAAAGGCAGGAAUGGGCAAAUAAAGUUAAGCCCUCAUCAAGUCCCUGUGUUUGGGGAAGAUAACACAUGCAAGGCUUCUAAACCACUGGGCAGGAACUUUCCCUUCCCUGGGGAUAUCCCUUUAUUACAAGAGCUCUUCCCCUCUUUGAGGCCUUUCCCUCCUGAUGCUGCAAAACCACUUUGUGCUCUUAGCUCUGCCGGCUGAAGUUUGGCUUUAGAUCACGAGAAGUUUCCAAAGGGCUUUUGCAAAAAGUGCUUUUAAAACCAUACCCUCCCCUCCGUCUGAAACCUCAGCAUUACCACCCUGUCAGGUGUAUUUAUACACACAGCACGGGAGGCUGAACUGGGACUCUGGAAGUAAAUCCAUGCAGAUAUGGAAGAUGCUAAAUGCUGUACCAUGGAGAUAUGAUGCACCGGCUGUAUUUCAUUCUGUGGUUGGUGCUCCGUGGCACAUGUCUAGAACAUUCAGGUUGGAAAAGAGCUCUCAGAUCCUCAAGUCCAAACCCAACCCACCUCACCCACUGACCACCUCCCUCAGUGCCACAUCCCCAUGGUUCUGGAACACCUCCAGGGAUGGGGACUCCCCCACCUCCCUGUGCAGCUGUGUCACUCCAUCAUCACUCCUCACCCCUGCUUUCCCUGAAGCCUCACUACAUGCCCUAACUAGCAGGAACUCACAUUACCUACUGGCUUAGAUCCAUGAAGGUUUCACGAAAAGUAAAUUCUGAUGCUUAAUCAGAGCUUUACAGAUUGCUCUUAUCAGCUCACAGUUAAUGGCAUCUUUGCUCCCCAGUGAAAGGUUAAUAGCUGUAUCUGCCCAGCACACAUCAGACACAGUGCUGAGGAAACCCACUCGUGAGCCCAAAGGUAAAUCUGCCAAAGCAUACAAGCAACAUGUGAACUGCUUCAGGGAAAAAUCCUGACUAACUUACUGAAGGUCAAGGCCUCCACAGCCAUUAAAGGACCUCCACUCAAACACUGUGUUCUCCUUCCUAUGAUAACACACAACAUGAUUUCGUAUUGUUUCCCAGGAGCUCUCUAGCACUCCUCCUCCCCAUGCACCACUCAGUGCAGACAAGUUUUACUUGCCCCCUGGACACGGGUGUCUCAGCCGCAUGAGAUCCCACCCGACCUCUUCCCAUUUCCCUGCUGUGAUUAUCUUCACCCUCGUGAACUCACUCUGCUUUUGACAGAACAUCCUGUCCUCAGUCACUCCCAGUCUCGGCAGGCACUCCAAGGAGAUAAACACAUUCUGUUUUUUAUCCCUCUCCCUUGUCAUGUCAAAAAGUUGUUCUACAAAUAAAUAUGGU